AUGGGGCGGAGGGGUCCGUCACCCUGUCAGUGCCCUGACAAGCUGACCAGGUUAUCCACAAUGUGAGUAGUAUGGUUUAUUAUGGAUACAAUGGAAAUAUCUGUUGUUCUUGAUUUACAAGAUCAGGAGGGAGUUUCCCAUCGUAAGAAACCCCUCCAAAUCAAUACGCAGACAACAAUUAAAGAUUUGAGCAAAUCGAUUGAUUCUGUAUUCAACGUUGACGAAAAAUAUCAAGAAAUUUUUCACAAUGGACGUCAAAUCCUUUCCUUAACAUCAACAAUUCAGCAAUUCGAUGUAAAGAAUGACGAUGAGAUUGUCAUAAAACAUUCUCUUCUGGAAUCCUGGCGUGCGUAUUUGUUUCUUUGUGACAGCGCCAAAGAUAUCAAAAAAGGAAAACCUGAACGAACAAAGUGUGCACAAAGAGCUAUAGCCAAUUCACAAAAACUCGAGGAUUCCGGAUUUUUCGAAGCCUACGUCAACUUUGUGACAGUUUGGAUCGAUAAUAUCGGUCAAAUGAUGAGGUUUGUCGACCGAACGCGAAACGUUUUUGAACAAAGCGCUACAAAAUUCUUCACCAAGAUGUUUCCCACUUCAAUUAUAAGCUUUAAGCCUAAGCAAGGCGGUAGUCGAGCAGGGAUUGUGGUGACUGUAACUUGCGAUGGAGAAGAGACACUUUACUAUAUGAAGACUUAUCAUCGCGCCGGUUCUUCAAUUUCCCUGCAAAAUGCACCAAAGCACCUGCCGGAUCUUCGCGAAAUGUUCGCAUAUCGACUUCUCGAACAUAUUGGAGUUGGACCUGUUGUAUUCUUCCCAUUCUAUGAUGGAUCGACAUACAUUCACUUCAUUGCAACUAAGGAAGUCGAAGAAUUCAAAGAGCUGGACAAACUUGAGGAUGUUGUUCUGCAAAAUAAAGUAGUUGUCGAGGCUUACCUGCUCUCACUUAUCCUUGGCAUACGCGACUUGAAUGAGGGAAACAUUGGUUCAACCAGGGAGAAAGCCCUUUCUAUCAUUGAUUUUUACGUUCCGGAUACUGACAACUUUCUACGACGAAGAAUACUCGAUGAUUUGAAGAAUAAGAGCAACUUUGGUGGACUAGGAAAAGCCAAUGAAAUUCUCACUGAAAUAGGCCAUGAAGAGAUGAUGAAAAUUGUCAAGGAUGCGCUGCCCCGUUGGAGUCGAAUCAAAAGCAUUACAAGCGAUAUCAUUGGUAUUGAGAAAAACGAAUUACGGGAACAUGGAAUAAAUUCAAACUUUGAGGGCAUGAUCGCCGCGAUGCAUAAUGAAGAAUCGUGGGUUUGCAAAUGGCAGAAAGUCCACCGAAAAGCGAAAGGAAUGUAUGCGAUCAGUGUGUCUGGCUCGCUUCCAAGCAGUGUCAUCAGCGAUCUUAAAAGCAUGGGCAUUCGAUACAAGCCGGGAAUGCGCGACACAAGUUUCCAGACGAAAAAGUAA